UUUUUUCUUUGCUCAUUUUCUUUGCCCAAAUCAGUAAUAAAACAUAUAUUACAUUCUUUGGAUAAAUAUGGCUUUUCCCUUUUUCUCUUUUCCUUUUUUCUUUAUAUUCCUGAUUUUUGUUUUAUUGAGAUUCCAAGUAAACACAGCGUAGAAAUGUUUGGAGCGUCAAUUUUAGAUGACGGCGUAGAUCAGGUCAUUGUGCCGCUAAAUCCUAGCUUUCAUUACAACUCGUCGGCAAUAAUUGGAACAAAUCAAGAUCCACCCGUCCGCGUAACAGUUGUAGUACCGCCCACAGAUAGAGACGAGGAUGCUAAACAGGAGGACCUGGGAUUAACCGAGCUGUUGUUAGCAGCCAACACCAAGCGCGAGGCAAUUGCGCUGUUGAAAUUGUCGCUGCCAAUCGUUCUUUCCAACUUGGCGCAGCUUUUCCUUCUGAUACCACUGACAGCAGCCAUUGGUAAGCUGGGAACUAUCGCUUUGGCUAGCAUGAAUCUAGUUUCGAUAUACGCGGGUGUUGGUGGUGUUGCUUUGCUCUCGGGUUUACCCUUUGCGUUAGAUAGCCUGUGCAGCCAAGCGUACACUGCGGCCAAGGACAGACGGCUUUUGGGCAUAUAUUUGCAGCGUAUACUGGUGGCCACCAUGAUUACUGUGCUGUCAAUGAUUGCAAACUCCGUGUCGGUAAUAGGAAUUGGCUUUGCUGUUUCAGCAUGCAACCGUGUGGGACAUUUGCUUGGCUUGGGCCAGCCAAACAGAACACUACUAACAGUCUACAUGACAGUGGCUCUGGCCACUGUGAUGUUUGUGGCCAUGGGCUUGGCCAUCAUUGCCUCACGCAGCAAAAUUCCGGGGGUAUUUACGCCUGACGCAGAGGUUGCCGAUAUAUUAUUUGCACAUAUUCCUUGGGCAGCGGCUUCUGGAGUCGGCCGACAAGCAAUGGUUGCCCGCAUCCGGGCUCUGUCAGUUGUAUGCAUAGGAUUCCCACUGGGCGCAUUUUCCAUGUACGUGCUAAAAUGGAGGCUCGCGGGGCUUUGGUUUGGACAUCUCAUCAGCUUGAUAGUUGCCUUGCUUGCGCAGGUGUAUGUUGUUGCUACCACAAACUGGGCCCAAGAGAGCGAGAACUGCCAGGGCCGCGUAUCUAACGCCAUGCUUGAAAAUGAAGCACAUAUUGGCAGGGCCAGCGACUUGUAA